GGGACUACAUCAUUUAAAGAAGUUAGAAGUUCCUGGUUUGUCAGUGAAGAAGUCAGAGUCAGCAGUAAACCAUCAGAGCCUCAACAUGAAAGUCCAUCACAUUUUGAUCUGCUUCUUCCUCUCUCUGCAGGAUGGAAACACUGGUCUCACCAAUGCCCAAAUGACACCUGUCUAUACAGGAACUGAAGGAGGAGAUAUCAGAGUUACAUGCCCCUUUUCUUCAUAUGGAAGGUCGAUGUUCUUUUGCAAGAGAGAAUGUAAACCAGAGGACAUCCUCAUUCACACAACUGGUGUCAGAGAUCAGAGAGGCAGAUACAGCAUCACAUAUGAAGGAGGAGGAUUUUUUUUCGUGAGCAUCACACAGCUGACCAAGUCUGACUCAGGACGGUACAGGUGUGGUCUGGGUGAAUUAAUCACAGAGCUUGAAAUCAUUGUUGUAGAUGCACUGCUGGAUGGAAAUCCUUUUAAAGAAAAACCCCUCUAUACAAGAGCUGGAGGAAAUAUUGUAGUUGGAUGCUCCUUUAUUUUCUGUGGAAGCAGGAAGUACUUUUGCAAGGAAGAAUGUGGAGAGAAAGACAUUCUUGUUGAAACAACUGGUUUCACAGCUGAGAGAGGCAGAUACAGCAUCAAAAAUAUGGGACAAAUGAUGUAUGUGAGCAUCACACAGCUGAUCAAGUCUGACUCAGGACGGUACAGGUGUGGUCUGGAACAAUGUGUCCCACCAGAUUCUUACCGGGAGUUUGAGAUCAUUGUCAAAGAUGAUGCGCUGGUAUAUGCUGUCCCUAUUUUUGUCAUCAUUGCCAUCAUCUUAGGGCUGACACUGAGAAUCUGUAUUCAGAGGAAAACUAAAACUGAAGGUUUGCAGACCAGCGAAAAUUCAGACAGAGCAAACAUGGAGCUUGCUCCAUAUGAAAACUCUCCUCCAGUUUCUACAUCUGAAUCCACCUACGAGAGCCUCGAUCCAGCCAGCAGGGAUCAGAACCAGACCUACGCUACACUCACACACACACACACCACAUGAUUCUAUUUGUAUCUCACUUUGCCAUGUUCUCAGUUAUUCAGGUAGAUUGACACUCUCCCAUUCUCUGAAAUCAUCCAUGAUAUCAGUACCACAAUAAGAGCUACUGCUAUUAAUUUAACACACACUUAAAGCCUAGCUUAUGCUAUCAUGAAACCUAAAGAUGUUUUUUUAAAUUACCAAAAAAAGACAAUGCCAAAUUAAGUUAAAGCAAAGGAAGGCAGUAAGGAUUGGCCUCAUGGCCGAGCACAUGGACUACCACAAAACUAACAACUCAGUACAGAUGUGAUGCCAAAUUUGUCCACCAUGUGGCCAAGGGGGAGCACUUAAGGAGAUGCUUGUGUGAUUUCCAAGUGGUCCAAAUAAAAUAUAGGAAACAUUACAGAUAGUAAUAAGAUGUCAAUUUAUUUUUCUGCAUUUAGUGUUCAUUUCAGCCUUCAGUCUGGUGUAUGUCACAUCACUGUUUUGGCCAAUGCCAAGGAUGAUGUUUGCUUACGCCUAAAGAGAGGGAGCACAAGCAACAGGAUGCUGACUGCAGAUCAGUUAACGACCACCUGUGUCAUCAAUAACAAUGGUUUUCUGAAAGUUACACAGAUAAUCUUUAAUAAAAUGCUUCCAAAAAGAAAAGCACAAGCAAAUGAAGAAAAAUAUAAUAUAGAAAAAAAAGAUUUGUAUGUUUUUUUCAAAUGGCCACCAUACAUUCGUAGAGUUUUCUUUCACAUGCCACCAGUAAUAAUGAUGAUGAUAAUAAUUCAGAAAAGCUGCUUUUGUGCAAAUGUAAAUAUUUGGUACAAUGCUGAUCACAACACAAGACCUUGUUGGUGUGGUGCAACUUUUUUUAUCCAUUAAAAUUGUUGUGGAUAUUCGUGGUUGUGAGAGGAUACUGCUAGGCUUUCAAGCAUCUUAGCUGCUGCCUGGGUAAUUUUUACCAAUGACCAUCAUUGUCAGCCAAGAAGUUGAACCUAAAGAUACACAAAUGUAUGGUUUCUUGCUGUUUGUGAUAAUUAAAAUGGCUCAUACAAAGCC